AUGAACCUUCUCGUAUUCUUGGCAAUAUCAAUUGCCACGUCACACGCACUCACUCUUCUCAGAGAUCCAAUCACGAGAAAAGGCGCAGAGAGAGGGCUGAGAUAUUUGGGGAAGUACAAGUACGAGGAAGGAUACAUCAAGGCGCCCAUCGACCAUUUCUCUUUCACCAAUGACUAUGAAUUCGAUUUGAGGUUUGCAUUUAUUCAUUCAGUUUCUACAUGGCACUCGAGUUUUCCAGAUACUUUCUGAACACGGAUCACUUCGAGAAGGGCGGUCCCAUUCUGUUCUACACUGGGAAUGAAGGAAGUCUCGAAGCGUUCGCGGAGAACACCGGGUUCAUGUGGGACCUGGCGCCCGAACUGAAGGCUGCCGUCGUCUUCGUUGAGCAUCGCUUCUACGGAAAAUCUCAGCCAUUCAAGUGAAACGAAAUGAUUGAUUCUCUAACAAUACACGUUUGUUCAGAAACGAGAGUUACACUGAUAUCAGACGUCUCGGCUAUCUUUCUUCUCAACAGGCUCUUGCGGACUUUGCCCUUUCUGUUCAGUUCUUCAAGAACGAAGUUUACAUGCCUAAAAGAUAACGUAUUAAACAAAAGAUCUUUAGAAGAUCAAAGGGGCCAACAACGCGGCGGUCAUCGCAUUCGGAGGAUCCUACGGAGGAAUGCUCUCCGCUUGGUUCCGCAUCAAGUAUCCGCAUCUGGUCGAUGGGUCCGAUGCGGCUUCAUCUCUUCAUUUCCCAACUCUUUUCUUUUCAGAGCAAUCGCCGCAUCUGCCCCAGUCUUCUGGUUCCCAGAUUCGAACAUUCCAGAAGAUGUCUAUGACUUUGUACGAGUCUCCUUCUUCUUGAACUCCCAGUAUGAAACGGACUGUUUCAGAUCGUAACCCGUGCUUUUCUCGACGCUGGAUGCAACAGAAAAGCGAUAGAAAAGGGAUGGAUCGCACUGGACGAACUAGCGAAGACUGACAGCGGAAGACAGUUCCUGAACGUUCUCUACAAACUCGAUCCCAAGUCGAAACUAGAGAACAAAGAUGAUAUCGGAUUCCUGAAAGUGAGGGAAACAGACUAUUUCAUUAUUCAGCUCUCUUUCUCUCUCUCUCUUUCAGCAGUACAUCAGAGAGUCAAUGGAAGCGAUGGCGAUGGUCAACUAUCCUUACCCGACAUCCUUCCUGAGCAGUCUUCCUGCGUGGCCCGUCAAGGUAACCCCUCCUUUUUCAACUCUGCUUCAACUGUCUUCUUAGGAAGCUUGUAUAUUCGCCAAUCAACCAGGCCAAUCCCAAGAGCAGUCGGCGGAGCAGUUGUACAAUAUCGUCAAUCUGUACUACAACUACACUGGCGACAAGUCGACGCAUUGUGCGAACGCAGCCAAGUGCGACAGUGCGUACGGAUCCCUCGGCGACCCGCUGGGAUGGCCGUUCCAGACGUGCACCGAGAUGGUGAUGCCGUUGUGCGGAAGUGGAUAUCCGAACGAUUUCUUCUGGAAAGACUGUCCUUUCACCACACAGAAGUAUGCGGAAUUCUGUGCGCAGACGUCAGUUCCCCCUGAGCAUCCUCUCCAAUUCAUUGUGAGCUCGUUCAGAUUCUCCGCCAUUUCGUACAACAAGACACUGCUUCGCCCACUCGCCGGCGGUCGUGCUUUCGGAGCUAAUUCGCUUCCUUCCGCGUCGAAUAUCGUCUUCUCGAACGGAUACUUGGACCCAUGGAGUGGAGGAGGAUACGCGCAUUCUGACAAGACGGAGGGCUCGGUGAUCAGUGUAAUUUUGAAGCAAGGAGCACAUCAUUACGAUCUGAGAGGCGCUCAUCCACAAGAUACGGAAGAGGUGGGAAAGCGGAAUUUGCAAAGAGAGAGAGAGAGAAGGGAAUGAUUUUAGGUAAAAAGAGUGCGGGCGAUGGAGACUGUGGCCAUCAAGAAAUGGAUAAAGGAGAAGGCGAAGAAGCAGUUGAGAGAGAUGAUGUUCCGAUGA